GACUGUCAGAGAGGGGGUGGGGAGGGUGUAGGGGGGCAGGGAAGGAGUGAUAGAGAAAGAAAUGAGGGAGUGAGAAACGGGAGGGAGAGAGAGGGCAAGAGAGAGAGAACGAGUGUGAAAGUAGGAGGGGAGGAGAAACUGAGAGUGUUGGAGAAAAAGGAAAAGACAAUGGGGGAGGGAGAUUGAGUGAGUGGGAGAGAGGGGAAGAAGAGAUUGAGUAGGAGGUAGUGAGGGAGAGAGAAAGAGCUGUGUUGGCCAUGGUGGUAACAGCAAUGAAUUUGAAUUGUGGGCACUCAGAAGAUGAAAAGCCAGGGAACUGAAUUUAAAAGCAGAGUGAAAGAAUCUCAACGUACAGAAUCAACAUUUGAUUUUAACGUUUGAAGUGCCGAUCAGAACUUGUCUUGGUAUAAUCAUGUCUGACCCAAGCGAGUGGAUGGGGCUGCCCAACUACAAGAGCCAUUGUGUGACAGGUUCCCUGCUCCAACGUUCUAAAAGUUGCCGCAGUAACAGGAAGAGCCUGGUGGUGAGUUCAGGGUCUCCCAGCCUCUCUCGGCCUCUCUCUCCACUCUCUCUACCAGCAGCUGGAAGCCCGCUGGACAGUCCAAGGAAUUUGUCCACCAGCCCUGCUCUCAACUUUCCCUUCGCACGCAGGGUGGAUGGCCGCCGCUGGUCCUUGGCCUCGCUCCCAUCUUCUGGAUAUGGAACCAAUACUCCAAGCUCUACCCUGUCUUCCUCCUCCUCCUCUCAGGAGCGGUUACAUCAACUGCCAUUCCAGCCCACUGCAGAGGAGCUCCGCUCCCUCUGCAAACAUUUCCGCAGCACUGACAGUGUCGCCGCCGACGACGAGGGCUCUCAGUCACCCACCACCCGUCCUCGAUCCCGGAGUCUCAGCCCUGGGCGCUCAUCGCUUUCCUUCGACAAUGAGAUUGUGAUGAUGAAUCAUGUUUACAAAGAGCGGUUUCCUAAGGCAACUGCUCAGAUGGAGGAGCGACUGCAGGAGAUCAUCAGCAGCUUCUCACCGAAAGCUGUUUUGCCCCUGGCCGAUGGAGUGCUGGGAUUCAUCCACCAUCAGAUCAUCGAGCUGGCCCGGGACUGUCUGGACAAGUCGCGGGAAGCCCUCAUCACUUCACGCUACUUCCUGGAGUUACAGGAAAAUCUGGAGAAGUUGUUGCAUGAUGCCUUUGACCGCUCGGACAGUGAUGAGGUGACAUUCAUCACUCAACUGGUGAGGAAGCUGCUGAUGAUCAUCGCUCGGCCAGCUCGCCUGCUUGAAUGUUUGGAAUUUGACCCUGAGGAAUUUUACCAUUUACUGGAAGCAGCAGAGGGACAUGCAAAAAUUGGACAAGGCAUAAAGACUGAUAUCCCUCGAUAUAUCAUUAGUCAGCUGGGACUGACGAAGGAUCCACUCCAUGAAAUGGUUCAGCUGGACAGUAUUACCACAGUCUCCCCAAAUACAGAUGAGUCUCAGGAUCAACGAGCUGGAUCAAUUCCACUGCGCAGAAAACCCACCGAGAGUGAUUUUGAGACAAUUAAGCUGAUCAGUAAUGGGGCAUACGGGGCUGUUUAUCUGGUCCGACAUAUAGAAACAAGACAGCGAUUUGCCAUGAAGAAGGUAAACAAACACAACUUGAUCCUGAGGAACCAAAUCCAGCAGGUGUUUGUUGAGCGAGACAUCCUGACGUUCGCUGAGAACCCAUUUGUUGUCAGCAUGUACUGUUCCUUCGAGACUAAGCGCCACCUGUGCAUGGUGAUGGAGUAUGUGGAAGGUGGAGACUGUGCAAACCUCCUGAAGAAUAUUGGUCCACUACCAGUUGACAUGAGCAGAAUGUACUUCGCAGAAACGGUUCUGGCCUUGGAAUAUCUCCAUAACUAUGGCAUUGUUCAUCGGGACCUCAAACCAGACAACCUGCUGAUCACCGCGAUGGGUCACAUUAAGCUGACUGAUUUCGGCCUCUCGCGGAUUGGACUUAUGAACCUGACCACCAACCUCUACGAGGAUCACUUUGAAAAAGAUACCCGGGAGUUCAUCGAUAAACAGGUUUGUGGGACCCCCGAGUAUAUUGCCCCUGAGGUAAUUCUCCGGCAGGGAUACGGCAAACCUGUAGACUGGUGGGCCAUGGGGGUCGUUCUGUACGAAUUCUUGGUUGGCUGUGUUCCGUUCUUCGGAGAGACUCCGGAAGAGCUCUUCGGGCAGGUGGUUAGUGAUGAAAUAAUGUGGCCAAGUGAAGAGGAGGCCCUCCCUUCGGAAGCCCAGGAUCUUAUCAGCAGGCUCUUGAGGCAGAAUCCACGCGAUCGCCUGGGCACUGGUGGGGCCCUUGAGGUGAAACAGCACGGCUUCUUUACUCGGCUGGACUGGAAUGGGUUGCUGCGCCAGAAGGCGGAAUUCAUCCCUCAGCUCGAGUCUGACGAAGACACCAGCUACUUCGACACUCGCUCGGAGAGGUACCAGCACUUAGCAUCCGAGGAGGAAGACGACACCAAUGAUGAAGAAUCAUCUCAGGAGAUCCGACAGUUUUCAUCCUGUUCACACCGAUUCAGUAAGGUUUAUGGCAGCUCUGAGCAUUUGGCAACUUCUAUGACUGUGAGCCAUGAAUCAGCAGACCCCAAAGAGGAGGCACAGGAGCGAAUGCAUCAAAGCAGCCCAAAGCACUCAAUCAGCACCAGCCCCAGCCUGAAGUCUGGAGCAUCUUCAACCACCUCCCACUUUGACCGAGUUGAGAGUCCCAGCCAUGGUCCUGCUAGUUCCGAUACUAUCCCCUGGUUUGCAUUCUCCACAGAGGAUGAGAGUGAGCUUUGUGCACUCAGCCAACGGAUACCAUGUCCAGAAAGGCAAGAACUGAUGGAGGCGUCAUCAGAUAUUGAGACGAACAGACCAAGAGCCAGAACAUACUCAGACGUUCUUGCCAGCAAUAUUAAUCUCAUGCGUGUACGCAGCAACAGCGUGGAUCACAGAAGCUCCACUCCAAAAGGACGGCUUUCAGCUCAUAAACUCGAGGAUCACUCUGGAAUUUCAGAGAAUAGGCUGACUCCAGGGAGGACAUUUCCCAAAUCAGCAUCCAGUGGAGCACUGUCACUUCUAAUCUCACCAGAGCUUGUCCGUGGUCCCCUGGUUGGUGCAAUUUCUCAACACUCCCUUUCGUCAAAUUCCUCAUCCAGAGAGUCCUCUCCAAGUCGUGAUCAUUCACUGAAUAUCACAAGUCUGCGGCCUCCAAUAAUUAUCCACAGUUCUGGAAAGAAAUUUGGCUUCACGUUGCGGGCAAUUCCAGUCUAUGUGGGAGACAGUGAUGUAUAUAUGGUGCACCAUAUGGUCUGGAGUGUAGAGGAAGGAAGCCCAGCUCACGAGGCAGGGUUGAGUGCCGGUGACCUGAUUACGCACAUCAAUGGUGAAUCAGUGAUGGGACUUGUUCACACAGAGGUGCUGGAGAUCCUCCUAAAGAGUGGGAACAAGGUGGUGGUCUGCUCCACCCCACUGGAGAACACAUCGAUAAAGAUUGGCCCUGCAAGAAAGACUAGUUUCAGGGGCAAGAUGGCUCGACGCAGGAAGCGGCAUCGAAAGAGAGAAAACCAGGAAACAAGGAAAUCACGCCACAAGAUUUCAAAGCAGCCGGCAGCACGGAACACAGGCCGAUGCCUUCCAUCUGGCUUGUACCAAUCAUCCAGUGAAAGCACUCCAGGAUCUCCCACAUACAGUCUGUCUCCAGGACCAGCAACUCCCUGUCGAAGCCCAGCACCAGAUCCCCACUCAGGGACCACCUCACCCCAGAGCAUCUCUCCUGGACAUAGUGCUCCAAGCUCUCCAGCCGGAAACCUCAGGCCCUGCUCGUUGCAUGGGCUGGCCUCCAAGUCCAAUAACCAGCGUUACAAAGCUGGCCGACGGAAAUCCACCAGCAACAUCCCACCUUCGCCUCUGGCUUGCACCCCAUCACCAACACCCCAAGCAUCUUCACCACACCGCUCACCCUCCCCUUUAUCCUUUUCCUCCAAGAACAUCCAAGCCUACUCUGGCAAGACACUGUCCCCUCCAACUAUUGUGAGGCACUUGGUGCGCCCUCGCAGUGGGGAAACGCCACGCUCACCACUACUGAGACAGUUGCAGUUGGGAGAGAGAUUGUCAGCCGUCUGUCUUGCCGAAAAGAAACAGUGUGGAUCAAGGAAGCACCCAGAAUUGUCUCUGGGUGAAGGGGGAAGUGAAAUCCUGCAGAAUGACCUUCAGGGUCUGAGUGAACCAGCUGAGCUCGAGGCUUCUGCUGACCAACAGGGAUUGGGAGAGAUUGCAGGGACCCAGAAGCCAAAAGAGUGGUCAGUGCAGAAGCACAAGACUCAUCAGGACACCAAGCCCAUGAGAAGGGCAAAUUUGUCUGAAAAGUAUAAUUCACUCCCGAGGCAAGAAGCAGUUCAGGAAGUGGACAUUGGUGAUGGAGCAACUACAGUUGAGCAGGAAAGGACAAGGAAUGAGAGGGCCAGCAGAGGGGAAGAGGAAGCAUUGGAAAUCAACUAUUCUCCAAGUAAAGUAGCUUGGCUAGAGGCAGGAUUUGAUUCAGACCCAGGCACUGGACCAGCAGCCAAUAAAUGCUGUGAUCAUGAAGAGUCUAACACUUGGAGACCACACUUGGUUCCAGAAAUUGAAGUUCACAGGUCAGAGGCGAAAAAUCAGAAGCAGGGUGCUGUGGACUGGCAAUGUCAGGCAACCCAUUCUAUUCCAAGCCUGUGCCAAAACCCCUAUAGACCCAUGGAGGGUGAUGGAGAAGCUGAAACCAUCAGCUUGAGGAAACAGGGGAAACCAUUUCAGAGACCAAAUCAACAAGAUACUUCCUCUCACGUGGAAAUGACAGUGACUCCCAUGAGUGCGUCAUUGACUCCUAUUGAUCACAAACAUCUCCAUUUUGGAGAUCACCAGUCAGAACUCCUGCACUGUCAGAUUGAAGGUUCCUUGGCAAUAGAUGAAGGUCUUACACAAGCUGCGUUAAUGGUGGGUGCUGGUGGGUCCAAGUUUUGUACAGAGCUAGAAGAAUGCAGAAAGGAGAAUUCUACAUGUUCAAACACUGAAACACUGCCAAACAAGUCGGGAACAGCAGACAGCCACAGACAGCAUGCUCAGUCCGGAAUCACCAAGCUGGAAACCAGAAAGGAACCAAAAGAAAGAAAGUGUUAGAGACUGAGUUUCAAAAUCCACACAGCAGCCUGAUUGAAAGUACUAUUGUCAAAACAGAUUAAAAUGUCUGUGUGUGUGUGUAUGUGUGUGUGUGUGUGUGUGUGUGUGUGUGUGUGUGUAUAUAGAUGGUUUGGGAGGCACACUGAAUGAAGGGUUACUGAACAUGGAAGCAUGCUUUUAUAAAACACUUUACAGAAACAGUUAAACACCUAUCCAGGAAAUCUCAUUUACCUGGAAAAUCACCAAAUGCUGCUGUCAUGGGUCAAGAGUUGGUGGUUCCUGCUGGUAACUCAUUUACAACUAAAGGCAUUUGAAGCAACACCAUGUGAUGGAGUACUUUGCGGGCUGUGCUUGAGACGCUGCAGGACUGGAAUGCUGAAAGUGUCUAAAGCACAGAAUGAAACUUUGGAAAAAUGAAAAAUCAACAGAAUUCUUCAUAAACAAAACCUAGAUUGAUAAACAUAAGCUCAGAAACUGCCAUUGGCUGUGUAAAGUGAUCACUCAAGCCAUGUGUUCCAUGUGCCAUGAAGGCUUGUGCAGUGACAUGGUUCUUUUGAACCCCAUGAAUCUACAGAGAAUAGAACAAUCACCAGUUGAAUAUUUCACAAGAAAGAUUUCAGUAUCUCUCACCAUACGAGUUAAGGCAAUCAGAUCUACUUUGUUAGAUCCUUCACGAGAAGGUGAAACGUUAGUGGAUGAGAUUUGGUAGGAAUAAAAAACAAACUUCUCUACGCCACCUUUUAUACCUUAAAAAAAAUCCCAAAGUGCGUUACAGCCAAUGAAAUAGUUUGGAAGCAAGUCAAUUCGUAAUUUAGGAGCUUUUACUUUGUACCCUAACGCAUAUUAUCCCUGCACUGGGAGUGUCUAAUGGGACACUGUAGAGGAAGCUUUACUCUGUUUUUAACCUGUGCUGUACUUGCAUGGGAGUGUUGUUUUGGAUGAAUUGAAGCUUCUUUGUUGUAGCUGUAACAUUCCUUGAAAGGGCAACUGGAUUUCCCAAGUAGUGGAGGUGAACCCGGUGUCAUUUACCUUUGUGCUCAGUUCAGCCCAACUUAUUUCCUUGUUACUCUAGACUUUGCUCUGUUGGGGCAUGAGGAAUUCAGUGAACAGAGGGCAUUUCUUUUGCUUGUGUUACUGGGUGAAUGAUUCCGUUUGAUUGGUCAUGUUGAUGUGGGCAUUGUAUUUUCAUUCAAAGCUAACAUUUUCAACCAAUGCUUGGUAUUGGGACCAAAGUGGAGGCUGUGGGUUGAGUUGUAUGUCCAUGCUAGCUAUUGGCUUUAAUAAUCAUUCAGUGCAAUUUAAGCCAGAGCAAUUCUGUUACAUUGUGCAUCUUCAUUCGCUGAAUCAUUGUCAAAAGUCCAUACAUACUUUGCAGUCACAGGCUCCCAGAUCAGCUGCAAACUCAACCUGUUGUCCAGUGCUAGUUCAAGUGUUAGCUUGCUGCCAGCUGAAGUUGAGGGUUCUACCAACACACUUGUGCUGGAAGGACUCGCAUCAGACUAAAAUCAUAUGUCAUUUGACAGGCCGCAUUAUUCCUAAACCAUCCUCAACCAGAUCUGCCAAGUGGAUGGUCCAUCUUGGCCUCCUCAUGAUCCUCAUUGUCACAGAAGCUGGCCUUUAGCCAAUUUAACUCGCUCCACGUGACCUUAACAAACUGCUGACUCAGCCAAGGGUACAGGUCCUGACAACACCUGGCUGUAAAACUAAAGAUUUGUGCUCCAGAACUGGCUGCACUUCUAACCAAGCUGUUCCAGUACAAUGACUGCACUGGCAUUCACCCAACAAAGUGGAAAAUUGACCAGGGAUGCCCUCUGCACAAAGAGGGGAUAAAUAAUCCAGCCAAUUAACACCCAUUAGCCCAUUCUCAAACAUUAACAACAUGAUGGAUAGUUUCAACAGUUCUAUCAUGUGGCACGUAAACACUAAUAACCUGCUCACUGAUGCUGAGAUUGAUUCCGCCAGAACCACUUGGCUCCAGACUUGAUCAUAACUCUGGUCUGGUCAGGAUGUCAAAAUAAAAAUUCUCCAAUGUUUUGAGUCCCACCUGGAACAAAGGAAGAUGGUUGUGGUUUUUGGAGCCACUGAUUUCAGCCACAAGAAAUUAUUGCAGAAGUCCCUUGGGGUAGUGUCCAUGGCCCAAACAUCUACAUUCUGACCUUCCACCACAAGAUCAGAAGUGGGGAUGUUCAUUGAUGGUUCCAUUCACAACUCUUUUCCAACCAGCAAGGUCUGGGCAACAUUCAGGCACAAACUGAAGAGUGGCAGGUAAUUUUCUGUCAUACGUCCAAGUAAUAACCAUUCCCCAUAGGAGAGAAUGGGUUUAAUGUCAUUACUGUCACUGAAAUCUCCAAUUUCAACAUCCUGGAAGUCAUCAUUGACCAGAAAAUUAUGUGGACCAAUCAUUAAAACACUUGGCAACACAAACAGGUCAGAAGUUGGGUAUCAUGUGGUGACUGCUCACCUCCAGCUUUCCCAAAGUCAUUCCAGCCUCUACAAGACUCAGGUCUGGAGGUCUCUACAUGCCUGGCUGAGUGCAGCUCUAAUGACACUCAAGAAGCUCAACAAUAUUCAGAUUCAAGCAGCCCACUUGAUUGGCACUUCAUAUAUCACUCGGAAUAUUCUUUCCCUACAUUAGUGCACCACAGCUGCAGUAUGUACCAUCCAUACAAUGCACUGCAGAAAUUUGCCAAAAUUAUCCCAGCAGUACCUUCCAAUCCUAUGAUCUCUGCUGCCUAAAAAGAUGGGCAGCAGACACAUGAGACCACCUGCAGGUUUCUCUCCAAGUGACACUUCACCCUGACAUAUAAACAGAUUGCUGUUCAUUAUCAAUACGUCUAAAUCCUGGAACUCCUGACCCAACAAUAAUGUUGGAGGACCUUCACAUGAUGGGCUGCAGCUUUCAAGAAAGCUGUUCAUUAGCAUUUUCUCAAGAGCAGUAAAGAUGGGCAAUAAAUUCUAGCUUUGCCAGCAAAGGCCAUAUUCUGCAAAUGAAUAAAAUUAUCAUAGAUCUGCAACUAUGAUGCUGUGCAGUUUGUAAACUUAUUUCUUAAAGACAUUUGACAACUGCAAUUAAACAAAGGUUUAUGAAAAUUCAUCUAUCCAAAAUACAGUGGAUGAAGAUACAAAACUCUGUCCCAGGAAAGUUUCCUUUCACUCUUGGGUCUUGAACUUCCAGUUUGUAAUGUUUGACUGGGUUCAGUAAAGAAGAUUUUAAACAUGGCGCAAAUUACAGUAGCAAAUCAGCAUUGCAAUUUUAACCAUGUUGCAGCUUUCUUUGUGCAAUCUCUUACUAUUCAGUGUUGAAAUCUUUACUUUCCAAGUUUUGCAUUUGUUCUCAUUGUUUCUUCGUGAAUUUUUUUAAAAAAUAAACUUUGGC